AUGUCCACCGUCCACAACACAAACGUCGCCUGCUGCACGAUUCCCCCCGUCAAGUCCGACUACACCCCCAAGGGCACCUUCAAGUCGUACGCCGGCUUCAGCAAGGUUUACGUGACCGGGCCUGCAACGCCUGGCAAGCUCGUGUUCGUUUGCGUCUAUGACAUCUUCGGCUUCAAGCCUCAGACGCAGCAGGGCGCAGACAUCAUCGCAGAGCAACUGGGCGCCCAGGUUCUCAUGCCGGACUUCUUCGAGCCGGCUGAGCCGUGGCCUGCCGCCAAGUUUCCUCCCAGCACCGACGAGGAGAAGGCAGAGUUUCAGGCGUUCUUCGGCGGGCCCGCGAAGCCCCAGGACGGCGUCGCUAAGCUCAUUAACGUCGGAAAGGCGCUCAAGGCCGAGGGUGCUGAAUUCGUCGGCACCUUUGGCUUCUGCUGGGGCGGCAAGGUCACUAUCCUCGCCGGUUCUCAGGAGGGCACCCCCUUCGACGCGGUCUCCGCAAUCCACCCGGCUAUGCUCAGCCAUGGCGAUGCUAACGACCUGAAGGUCCCUCUGGGCCUGUACCCAAGCAACGACGAGCCUGUCGAUGAGUCGAAGCAGAUCCUUGAGAUCAUCUCCAAGAAGCCGAUCGCGGAGAAGAGUGACUACAAGCUCUACGACUCAUUCCACGGUUUCGCAGCUGCCCGUGCGAACCUUGACGACCCCGAGAACAAGAAGCACUACGAGGACUUGUACGGCAGGCUCAUCGGCUUCUUCAGCAAGGCGAGCGGCACGCAGGUGCAGUAAACGAGCACACGGAGCCUGUUGUCUGACGGUUCAUAUAAGGUCGAAGUCGGGUCGAGGAAGUGUAAGAUGUAACACAGUGUAACAGGAAGAAUCAAUGCUGGAACUUGUAUCUUUACAACAACAGAUGAGAGCGAGGCGGGGUCAUGGUACAGACACAACAAGCAUAACACAAGCAAUCGCGAGCGUAUAUAUCCGAAAACAUGAGAGAAUCAGUGAAGCGUGUUCAACACACCUUCGGGGAGUUCGUCGUUGACCUUGAUCAUCCAAAACGGACCUGCGGGGUCAUCGCGCUGGUGAUGUGCACCCGUCCAUAUCCCUGCUAUCCCAGCAGCGCUGCAUACGUGCCCGAUCUGCACUCCUUCGGCGCUCCACUGCAUCCGUCCAUCAUACGUCGUCACAAACUGCCACCGAACCGCCCCAUCCGCGAGGGUACUAACGGUACCGCGGAUCGACGCCGUGCUCGUGUGCGGUCCGCGCGAGUGCCCCUCGAAGUAGAGCGUCGGGAACCUUGGGUCGUCCGCCUCCCCCGUGGGUGACACGGGCGCGGCGCGCGGCAGCUGGCGCAUGUCCGCGAAGUACUCGGUGUCGGGGAUGAGCGAGAGGUGCAGCUCGACGGGGCGGAGCGCCUCAUCAAACGGGUCGUCGAAGAAGGACGGGUGGUGCGGGCUCAAACUCGAUUCGGAGAGCGAGCCGUAGUUGAACAUGUAUAGAUCACGGUAGUCCAUGAAGCACACGAACCGCCGCCACUUGCCCGUGACGCCUGCCCAGUCAUGCGGCUCGCGCCCUGCGGACUCGAGCGCAUCCACCGCGGAAUAUGCACGCAGCGCCUCGAGUUUGAAGAGCGGCUUCUUGUAGAAGCCGAGGCACGUAUGCGCGACCUCGCGCAGCUUCAGGCCAACGACGUUCAGGAUGUGCUCGACGUGCUCCCAGUUCACCACGAGAACGCCCUGCUCCUCCACCUCCGAGUCUGAGUCGGAAUCCCCUUCUGCGUCACCUUCAGCAUCCUUUCCCACAACUGGCUCGGCUUCAUCCGUGGCCGCGGUCGGGUAGACAACGCGGUACGGCCCCCAGAGCGUCCCAGGCUGGUACCGGCGCAUAUCGUACACGUAGCAGCGGCUCGUCUUGCGCAACCCAGCCAUGCGGACAAUUCCCGUCGCCUCGUGGCUGCUGUCGUGCGAGAGCGCGAGGUACGCGCUCAGUCGAGAGCGUAGCUGCGUCGCCGCUAUCGUGAGCAUGUCCUCCGCGCUCGAGCUCGGCGUCGCCUGAAGCCUCGCUAGUGCCUGGCGGAGCUCGCGCUUCCGCGGCACCGGGGAGGGAGGUCCUAAUAAUUCCGUCGGUGAGCUCGAUCUGUAGCUGGAGCUCGCAGAUACACUAGGGUCGGCGUGAGAUGCGGAUGUCGGGAUGGGAAUGUUGAGAAUCUUGGUGCGGAGGACACGGUCGAGCCAGUGGAGGUUCUCAGACCGCGGGGCAAUCUUCUUUGCAUCCUCUCCAAUGUCGCCUUCUGCGAUAGGUCGCGCAGUGUCAACAGCGGCCAGGGAUGUCUCGAAAGCGCGGAGGAGCUCCUGUACGGUCGGGGUCUUGCUCGAGUUUGCUAUCGCCUCCGCCUCUAUCCGCCGCUGCAGCUCGGAACGCCAAGGCGGGGACACUCCUGCAGUGGAGGAGCUGGCAGUAUGGCUGUCGGAGUUAGCUGGUACGGGCGCUGCGUACACAUCAAGGCGCGGGCGCGGCACGGGGGCGGUCUUGCGCAGGUCGUCGAACGGGCGCCCGAGGUAAAGCUCCCGCCAGAGGAAGUGGUCCUUGGGCUCGUAGACGAGCUUACGCGCGAACCGGCACGUCUGAGCGUAUCUCUGCGAGGGUGUAGACGUGAGUAUCGAGUAAAGAUCGUUCAAUUGAGUAUGUGAUGCCGAUGUCGGAGCGCAUACAUACUGAGACGUCGCGCGGGUCGCUAACGAUCAAGACCCGCUCGAUGACCUCUGCGGGGAGCGAGUGCAUGUUCACGCUGGAGGUCCUGCUGGCAGUCGUUGUCUCUGGAGGCAGGGCUGCCGCU